UUGGUGUGGGCCUUAAAUUUUGACUUAGUAACCAGUAACAACAAUGUACAUUUUUCAGGCCAGAGACCGAAUGUUCCAUUACCGGCACCUCCAAUCACUGAAGCACCAUCAACAGCUCCAGCGUUCGAAAUCGAUGCCGAUUCUAUCGGAACGGAAUUUGUGUUCAUCUUCCCGGGCAACAGUGGCGGAAAUGCAUCAAGGUUGCCAGAGAUAAGUGUGGAUUUGGUCAAUCCGUCCUCCACAAAUGUUACCGUUCAAAUCCUCAAAAAGAAAGGCUUAAUUCCAAUACAACAAAAUAUCGAAAUCCAGCCUCACUCUGUAGUGAAAUACCAGUUUGACGCAUCGACCUACGCGAAGCUCUGCGUUGGCAAUGACUCAUUUGUGCGUUGUCCGGACACAUCUAUAGCGAUUCAAAGCAGCGAUCCUAUAUCAGUGGUGGCACAUAAUUACAUCAGUGGAGUUGCUGGCGAUAGCUACACUGGUUUGUAA